AUGAUGUCAUUGUCAAGUACCUAUAUUUCUACGACCACGAAUUCCAAUUACCAGUACCUGUCCACGGUCUCGUCUCUGCUGGUCAAUACCGCCACGUCCACACCCAUAGCCUCCCCAACUAAUUCAAAUCCUGACCUCCCAACGACAACGUUCUCGCUUGCAUCCGCUCCACCAGCCAGUCAGCCUUCUGCAGCACCAAUCCCGACGUAUCUCCCAACGGCCAUUAUGCCACAGCCUACGCUCAAUGUCAAAAAUGUGCCAACUACUGACACCCUGAUCAGCGUGCUGUUCAAUCAGUCCCUUAACUGGGAAUGGGUUGCAACGAAUUCGGAUACCCAAGGACAGAUAUUCGAGUACUUCCCCUCGAUAAUUGCAACAGCACUUGGAAUUGAUGCUUCUCAGGUACAAAGCUACGAGCUGCUGGUCUAUGAACCCUCGUCGUACACCGGCAUUCAAGACGUUGCACUGCUUGGUACAAUCUGGCAGGGUUAUCUCCCUAAUGACCAGGUCUCCACACUCGCUUCGCUUAUCUCCAAUAAAAAGUCCUCGUUCUAUACUGGACAAGAAGGCAGUAUACCCGCGUCGCUUGCCCAAUGUGUUGACCCCACUCUUGCAUUGGCAUCCAUCUCAGGUCCCGCUCCAGGCGGCGGCAACUCCAGCAGUAGUCUAAAUUCUUCUAAAGUCCGCCAGGACGCGAUCAUCGGUGUCGUAACGUCGCUCGGUGCCAUCGCACUCAUCAUCCUUGCCAUCGUUGCUUAUCGGUACUACAAGCGCCGAAAAGAGGUCGCGCAUCGCCGUCUCUCGGAAACUGUCGGCGAUCCCGCAGGCGUACGCCCCGAUGGUCAGGAUUUUGAUCGGGACAGUAUCGGCGGCCAGCGAAGGCGGAGCUUUUACUACGCGGAAGACAGUUUACGUGGAUACCAAGGUGUCCGGAGUGAUGAUGAUGGCUACGAGCGCCGAAUCUCUCCUCCUGUCAUGAGGGAGCGCCGUCACCUCAACCCUGGAGUUAUUUCCGCUCCUGUUCUGCAAGAGAGCAGCAUGAACUGGUGA